AUCCAUUCCCCUAUGUUAGCUCAUAAAUAAGAUACCUAAUGUGCCUUUUUUUCUUCAAAAACUAAGUCAUGUUGUGUUCUUUUUUUUACUUGCUCAUUUGUGCUAAUAUACUGUUUCAUUGUCUCCAAUUCUCCAGUGCUCGAAAUAAUGAGACAGACCGCAUAGCACUGCUACAAAUCAAAGCAAAAUUAGCAGCAGAUGACCCUCUUGGUGUUAUGAACUCAUGGAAUGACACCCUCCAUUUUUGUUCGUGGUACGGGGUAACCUGUGGUCAUAAGCACCAGAGAGUUACAGUAUUAGACCUACAAUCCUCCAAACUCACAGGUAUCCUCUCUCCCUACCUUGGAAAUUUAAGCUUUCUGAGAGUGCUUCAUCUCCAAAAUAACAGUAUUAGAGGCACAAUCCCCCCUGAAAUUGGUUAUUUACACAGGUUACAAACUCUAUGGCUCUUUAAUAAUUCCAUUGGAGGGGAAAUUCCAUCUAAUAUAUCAAGUUGUUAUAGCCUUAUUGAUCUAAGCCUUUACUAUAAUAGGUUGGUUGGAAGAAUCCCGACCAGGCUUGGUUCCCUGUCACGUUUGCGAUAUCUUUACUUAACAGGGAACAACUUGACAGGGGACAUUCCUUCAUCUCUGGGGAACUUAUCAUCCCUCUAUAGGCUCUCCAUAGCUUAUAACAACUUGGGUGGAACCGGAACAGUCUCUGAUAGUCUAGGAAAACUAAAGAAACUAGGCAUUCUGCAUUUAUUCAUGAAUAAGUUUUCUGGAAGAUUCCCACCUUCAAUCUUUAACCUCUCUUUAUUGUCAGAAUUAGAUAUAUCCCAUAAUUACUUUCAAGGAAACCUUCCUGUAGAUUUAGGUAACACUCUUCCGCGUCUUCAGUGGUUCUCUGUAGGAAAUAAUCGGUUCACUGGACAUAUUCCAGCUUCGGUAUCCAAUUCCUCAAAUCUUCAACUUCUUGAUUUGUCAUUAAACAGUUUUCAUGGACAAAUUCCUUCUCUGCACAAGUUAGUAAGGCUUACUAAUCUUGUUCUUUUCAAUAACUCCUUUGGGAGUGGCCAAGCCAAAGAUUUGAACUUUGUUUCCACCUUGGCUAAUGCCACCAAUUUGCAAUGGUUUGAGAUAGCUAUAAAUAACUUUGGAGGAGUUUUUCCUAAAAUCAUCUGCAAUUUCUCAUCGCUUAUUAUUUUGGCUUUAUCCAAGAACAACUUAGCUGGAGAAAUUCCUACCUGCAUCGAAAACAUAGCCAAAUUGCAAUAUCUUGAGACUAAUGACAAUGCUUUUACUGGGGUUAUUCCUCAAGGAAUAGGGAAGCUUCAAAAUCUUCUUUUCCUAAACAUGGAGAAUAACCAAUUAUCUGGAGUCAUUCCACCCUCGAUUGGAAAUUUAACAAACUUGUCUAAAUUUUCCCUGUUUAAUAACAGUCUCGAAGGUGAAAUACCUUCAACUCUUGGGAAUUGUAGAUCACUAAUAGGGUUAUAUCUUUCAAGUAACAAACUUACCGGGAAAAUACCAUCACAACUGUUUGAACUCACUGCCUUGUCCAUUGUACUCAAUCUAUCUGGGAACCACUUAACUGGAUCCCUCCCUAAAGAAGUUGGUCAACUGUAUAAUCUUGACUCCCUCGAUGUUUCUAGAAACAUGCUAUCAGGUCCGAUACCAAGCUCUCUUGGUAAAUGUGUGUCGUUAGAGUUCUUAUACAUGGAGGGAAACAACUUCCUAGGCAACAUCCCUACUGAAUUGCAGACAUUAAAGGGCCUCGUCGAGUUAGAUUUUUCACACAAUUAUUUAACUGGUGUAAUCCCAAAAUUCUUAGAGAGCCUUCAGUUGCAAAGCCUGAAUUUAUCAUACAAUAACUUUGAAGGUGAAGUUCCCAAAAGAGGAGUCUUCAACAAUACAAAGGGUAUAUCGGUAAUUGGAAAUAGAAGACUCUGCGGAGGCAUACCUGAGUUAGAGUUGCCCCAUUGCAAUUUUAGCCGCAAUACUCAGGGAAGAAGAUCGAAGAUGAGAAGGAAGUAUAUAGUGGAAAUACUUUCUGGAGUUUUUGGAGUUGCUUUGUUUGUGGUGGUGAGUGUAAUAUUCUAUAUAUUCAGGUGGAGAAGGAAGGUUAGGAAGACUGUAACUCCUACUGAUUCAGAAAAGUUUCCAAAUUUAUCUUACCAAACACUACUUAAAGCCACAAAUGGGUUUUCCUCUGAAAAUUUGAUUGGUAGUGGAACAUCUGGAGUUGUAUACAAAGGAAUCCUAGACGAGGGUGGAAAAACUGUUGCCAUUAAAAGGUUUAACCUAGAGUCGUAUCAUGGUGCUUUAAAGAGUUUCUUGGCUGAAUGUGAGGUUCUACGAAGCAUCAGGCAUCGAAAUCUUGUCAAGGUGAUUACAAUUUGUUCAAGUGUUGAUUAUCAAGGCAAAGAUUUCAAGGCUUUGGUUUAUGAGUAUAUGGAAAAUGGGAGUUUGGAAGAUUGGUUGCAUUCAAGUGAUUCAAUCGAUAGGAACUUGAAUGUUUGCCAAAGACUUGAUAUUGCAAUUGAUGUUGCAUUUGCCUUGGAUUAUCUUCACCAUCAUUGUGGUGAUUCCAUUGUUCAUUGCGAUCUCAAGCCAAGCAAUAUUCUCCUUGAUGAUAAAAUGGUUGCACAUGUUGGUGACUUUGGCCUAGCCAAGUUCCUCUUGAAAGGCAUCAGUGGUGACUCUAACUCCAAUCAGUCUAGCUCUGUUGGAGUGAGAGGUACAAUCGGUUACGCUCCACCAGAGUAUGGUGUGGGGAAUGAGGUGUCUACAAGCGGCGAUGUGUAUAGUUUUGGGAUCCUAGUACUGGAAAUGAUAACAGGAAAGAGGCCUACUAAUGACGUGUUCAAGGGUGGGCUAAGCUUACAUGGCUUCGUCAAAGAAGCUUUGCCUGAAAAUGUAAUGGAGAUUCUAGAUCAUGUCCUUCUUGAAGACAUAAACAGUGAGGAGACGGAUAGCAACUUAAUGUUGGAGGCACUGAAUUCUAUACUUGGGGUAGCACUCUCCUGCUCAACUGAGGUUCCAAGAGAAAGGUUGGACAUGAGUGAUGUUGCUGCAAAGCUAUCAUCAAUCAGAAACAAGCUCCUUGGAUCUCGUUUACAACAAAGGAGGAGAAUCCAAGCAGGUAACGUUUAUCUCAUCAAAGACUAAUAUUUCUUCAACGAUCAGUUGAAGUUUUGUAAUUUUUUUUAUUACGUAGUAGAUUCUAUUUACUUCUUUUGGGAUUAAGGCUUCGGUUAUUAUUUUAUUCUAUUUACUUCUUCUGGGUGCAGGAACACGAGGGUGAUCAAUGUUUAACCAAUUCCGGUCAUCUUCCAUGAGGAUGCUUGUGAUUUGGUGGCCUGAAGAAUAAGAUUAGCUCAUAUAUGUUUCAGUUACUUCACUUUAAUAGCUUCAUAUUUUUUCACUUUUUUUUCCUCCUAAUAGCGCUUAUGAGCAUUACCGACUCAUGUAUCAGAACAUAAAGCAACUAUCUAAUUCAGAAUAUAGUCUCUUAA